AUGCCGUCGUCGUCGUACGACGGCACACGACCGCCUCGGCGAGAACGCUCACCUCCCGCGCAACGCGACACAGAUCACACGUAUGCAUCUCAUCCCCAUCGCGCUGUGCGCAAUGAUUGGAUGCUGUCGCCCGGCGACGGCGGUCGCGACGUGAUGGACCGCCGCCCAGAGCCUCAGCCACGCGUAAGCUCUCGCGAGCUCAAUCCAUACUUGGUGGGAAGCGCUCCGUCUGCGCCAGCACCAGCUGCGAAGGGUGCACCUGGCUACAAAUGGCGCAUGAUGAAGCUGGAACGCACCUACGAUAUGGCUAAGCAGCGGGGUGUACCUGUUGAGGAGGUAGCUGUGGAGCGCUACGGCAGUAUGGAUGCUUUUCACGAGGCGUGCGCUGAGCGGCAGUUUCUGCAUCCACAGCAUCACGAGCCAACGAAAAAAGCCGCGUCACGACCUUCUUCGUCAGGCUUUCAGCGGCCUGCGACUGUCCAGCAGCCGCCUCCCCGGGCCCCGCCUGCGUCCACUUCGUCGCCCCUACCCCGUGUGCCCCCUUCUAUGGACGUGAGCCAACUAAACCAGCUCGAGGCGCAAGUACUCCGUGCUGAGCUUCUGCAAAAGCCGGAGGCCGCCUCACUUCGUGAAAAAUGGGAGGCAGCACGGCAAGGCACGUCGGAGGACCGCGUGGAAAUUGUCCCCGUCAUGGAUGGGCAUGGUCGUUUGUACGACCUGGGCUCGUCCUCGUCGGAUCAAGAUACGUCUCUUGCUGAGCUUGUUCGUCAGGAGCGAUAUGGUGCUGGACGUGCGGAUGAAAGAGACGCUGAUGCUAUGCUGGCUCAGCAAAUUGCCGGUGAUCGUGCCUUUGUCAAUGACACAGAGUAUAUGGACGACGAGGCCCAGCGCUUUGCACGCAAACGCAUGCGCGACGAUGCAAUGAAGAGACAGUUUGCCAUGGAGGAUUUCGCGCGCACCAAGCGUGCCCUGGACCAGUGUCCGUUUUGCUGGCAAAACGACGGACGAACGCCGCCGCAAGCCACGAUCGUCUCAAGCGGCUCCUGCGUAUACCUAGCUCUCCCUGAUCGGGAGCCUCUCGCAGACGGACACUGCUGGAUCGUCCCCAUGCAUCACCACGUGAGCUCGUUAGAUGUGGACGAGGAUGGAUGGACGGAAAUCCGCAAUUUUAUGAAGUGUCUGUUGCGCAUGGCCAUAUCUCGGAACCAAUCGAUGGUGUUUUUUGAGACGGUCAUGUCUGUGCGUGAUCAAAAGCACACGUACAUUGAAGCGGUGCCGAUUCCGAACGACAUUUUUGCUCAAGUGCCCGCGUACUUUUACUCAGGGCUCUCGGAGGUCGAGUCCGAGUGGUCGGACCACAAGCAGGUGAUUACGUUCACCGAACAGCGCCCAUUUCAGCACAGCAUGGUCUCCCGCCUGCCGUACUUCAUGGUGCAAUGGGACUAUAAGGGCCAGCGCGGGUACGGCCAUGUGAUUGAGGAGCGGUAUGGCGAUCGACACCGCACGCGUCGGCACCGCCAGUACGCGUCGGACUACGAAGCACCUACCUACGAUGACGGUGAUCACGUCGGUGGCACAGGAUUCCCUGCCAAUUUCGCACACGAAAUUCUAGGCACGAUGCUGGACCUCGAGCCGCAUCGAUGGCGGCGACCCAAGCGCGUGGCAGGAUCGUCUCAGCGGGUGGAGGCGUUUCGCGUCGCGUGGGAGCCGUUUGACUGGACGCGCGCGCUGUGA